CUUCUACGCACACCGUCUGGGGUGGCUGCCCAGACUGCAGCCUCAGCUUCCCAGCGGGGGCAGAGGGACUACUCCCGCUGCCUCGCCCCUUCCAGUCCCCUCCAACAAAGGGGGAAGCCUAGGGGAGAGGAGGAAAAGCAGGAGGAGCCGGGAAGAACUGGGGCGGCUUUUGUACACAAAGUUCUGGAGUCCGCCUUUCCUAGGAGGAAGGGGGCAGCUGCAGCCUCUGGAGAAGCUUCAUUCCACCGAAAAGGAGGAGCAACUAGCAAGCAAUCGGCAGCCUAUUGGGGGAAUUACAAGGAGAGGUCCCCCCUCCUCUUUUUUUUUUUUUUUUUUUUUUUUUUUGGUCCUUUCUGCCGAAGGAAAACACUUUAGUAUUUGGCAAACUUGGUGCUUGAGCGCCUGUUCCAGGUUUGCUUUUGGAUUUUUUAGAAAAAAUGUUUUUGGCGGAACUAGAGAGCAGGAAGAUUGCAUAAGUCUGGGGCGGCAUUCGGUUGGUUGUCAAAUUUUUUUUUUUCGUCUGAGGUCUUAUUGAUUUGGUUUCUUAAUCUUAUAAAAAGGAAGGAAAAAAGGAAAUAAAUCCUGCAUAAAUCCAGCAAAAACGUGGAAUUGAGUUGGGACCUGGUCGGGGAGAGAAGUGGGCCGGAGGGUCACGGGAGCAGAUAUUGAUGCCAAAUCAGAAUCAUAAAGAAAGACACAAUCCUUAAGAGUAUUUUCCAAAGUUUUUAUACUGAGUUGAGUUUCUGCAAAGAUGGCCAAAUAUGGAGAGCAAGAGAACAGACCGAAUGAGGGACAGAAUGAAUUCAGUGACAUCAUUAAGUCCAGAUCAGAUGAGCACAAUGAUGUUCAGAAGAAAACCUUUACCAAAUGGAUAAAUUCUCGAUUUUCAAAGAGUGGAAAACCACCUAUCAAGGAUAUGUUUACAGAUCUUAAAGAUGGAAGGAAGCUCUUGGAUCUUCUAGAGGGACUCACAGGAACUUCACUGCCUAAAGAACGUGGUUCCACGAGAGUACAUGCUUUAAAUAAUGUCAACAGAGUUCUCCAGGUUUUACAUCAGAACAAUGUAGAACUGGUGAACAUUGGAGGAACUGAUAUUGUGGAUGGAAAUCACAAACUGACACUGGGCUUACUUUGGAGUAUAAUCUUGCACUGGCAGGUAAAAGAUGUCAUGAAAGACAUCAUGUCAGACCUCCAGCAGACGAACAGUGAGAAGAUUCUUCUGAGCUGGGUUCGACAGUCAACAAGGCCUUAUAGUCAGGUCAAUGUUCUCAACUUCACUACAAGUUGGGCUGAUGGACUGGCUUUUAAUGCUGUUCUCCAUCGACACAAACCUGAUCUCUUUAACUGGGAUAGAAUUACUAAAAUGUCCCCAAUUGAGAGACUGGAACAUGCUUUUAACAAGGCUCAAAACCAUCUGGGAAUUGAAAAGCUGUUAGAUCCUGAAGAUGUUGCGGUUCCGCUUCCAGACAAGAAAUCCAUAAUUAUGUAUUUAACAUCUUUGUUUGAGGUGCUUCCUCAGCAAGUCACCAUGGAAGACAUUCGGGAAGUUGAAACUCUUCCAAGGAGAUAUAAGAAAGAAUGUGAAGAAGAAUUUUCUGUACAAACUGCAGCACCAGAAGAAGAAGAACAUGAAGGUUCUAGAGCUGAGACCCCCAGUACAGUCACAGAAAUGGACAUGGACCUGGAUGGUUACCAAGUGGCUCUGGAAGAAGUUCUGACAUGGCUACUUUCAGCUGAAGACACCUUUCAAGACCAAGAUGACAUUUCUGAUGAUGUCGAGGAAGUCAAAGAACAGUUUGCUACGCAUGAAGAAUUUAUGAUGGAGUUGACUGCACACCAGAGCAGUGUUGGUAGUGUCUUGCAGGCUGGAAACCAACUGAUUACACAAGGCACCUUAACAGACGAAGAAGAAUUUGAGAUUCAGGAACAAAUGACAUUACUGAACUCUCGGUGGGAAGCUCUCAGAGUUGAAAGUAUGGAUAGGCAGUCUCGGCUACAUGAUGUACUCAUGGAGUUACAGAAGAAGCAGUUGCAGCAACUCUCUGAUUGGCUGACUCUUACAGAAGAGCGCAUUCAGAAGAUGGAAACUUGCCCCUUGGAUGAUGAUUUACAGUCUUUAAAGAAGCAGUUGGAAGAACACAAAGAAUUGCAAAAUGAUCUUGAGACAGAGCAGGUGAAAGUAAAUUCAUUAACUCACAUGGUGGUAAUUGUUGAUGAGAACAGUGGAGAAAGUGCUACAGCUGUCUUGGAAGAUCAACUGCAGAAACUUGGUGAGCGUUGGACUGCUGUUUGCCGUUGGACUGAAGAACGCUGGAACAGAUUGCAGGAGAUUAAUGUAUUAUGGCAGGAGCUUUUGGAAGAACAGUGUUUAUUGAAAGCUUGGCUAACUGAGAAAGAAGAGGCUUUAAAUAAAGUGCAGACAAGCAACUUCAAAGACCAAAAGGAGCUGAGUGUCAGUGUUCGGCGACUGGCAAUUUUGAAGGAAGACAUGGAAAUGAAACGUCAGACCCUAGACCAACUAAGUGAGAUUGGUCAAGAUGUGUGUCAACUCCUUGAUAAUCCCAGGACUUCUAAGAAGAUCAAUAGCGAUUCAGAGGAACUGACCCAGAGGUGGGAUAGCUUGGUUCAGAGGCUAGAAGACUACUCGAAUCAGGUGACUCAGGCAGUAGCAAAGCUAGGGAUGUCCCAGGUUCCUCAGAAGCUGCUUUUGGAAACUGUUGGCAUUAGAGAAAAAGUCACUGUUAAGAAAUCCAAACAAGAAUUGCCUCCCCCUCCUCCACCAAAGAAGAGACAAGUACAUGUAGACCUUGAUGCUAAGAAAAAGUUUGAUGCUGUAAGCACUGAACUAUUGAACUGGAUUUCAAAAUCAAACAGUGUCAUUCACGCCAUAGAUAUCAAAGAAUAUAAGAAGAUGAGAGACACUUUGGACAUGAAGAAAAAGUUGAAGAUUCUAGAAAAAGAGCAAAAUGAAAGAAUCCCCAAAUUAAAUGAAUUAAACCAUUGUGGACAAAAUCUUCUGGAACAAAUGGGAAAAGAAGGAAUUCCUGCAGAUGAUGUUAAAAAGGUCUUGGAGAAAGUCCAAUCAGAAUGGAAAGAUAUGGCAUGGAAUUUAGAAGAGGUUUCAAGAAAAAUUCAACUUCAAGAUGAUAUAAAUGCAUACUUUAAAGAUUUGGAUGAACUUGAAAAGGCUAUCAAGGAAAAGGAAGAAUGGAUGAAAAGUUCUCCCAUUUCAGAUACUACUCAGCAGUUUGGACCAAGUAUGAAGGACUCAUGCCAGUGGGAACUCACACAUCUGCUUAGUCUGGGUCCUCAAAUUGAAAUGAUGAGUUCCAGCUGUAUGGCUCUUAUGUCUCAGCCUUCUGCUCCAAGCUUCAUUCAGAAGAGUCUGGAGAGCUUUAUAGAUCACUACAAAUCUGUGCAACAGAAUUUGGAAGAAUGUCAGAAACAGUUGGAGAAAGAUCUGAAGAGCCAACCUGGAGAUGACUACUUACAGACAUUGAAGACUGUGAAGGAUGUGUUAAAUGAAUCAGAAAAUAAGACUCAAGUUUCUCUGAAUGCCUUGAAUGACCUUUCAAAAGUUGAAAAGGCCUUGCAGGAGAAAAGGGCUCUUGAAAAAACACUUGAGGAUCAGAAACCUUCAUUGGAUAAACUGGCAGAAGAAACAAAGACUCUGGAGCAGGGUGCUCCUCAUGAUAUAAAAAAUAAAUACAGGCAAGAAUUUGAGAAUGUUCAAGGAAAGUGGGACAGGCUAAAGGCCAGAAUCUCCAAAGAUAUUCAUCUGCUAGAAGAAAUUAUUCCCAAACUGAGAAUGUUUGAGGCUGAUUCUAAAGUCAUUGAGAAGUGGAUAGAUGGUGUGAAAGACUUCUUAAUGAAAGAAGAGGCCAUCCAAGGAGAUUCAGAAGGACUUCAAAGACAGCUUGACCAAUGCAAUGCAUUUGUUAAUGAAAUGGAAACAAUUGAUUCAUCCCUCAAAGAAAUGAAGGAAAUAGAAUCUGCUCUGUGGAGCCAUCCAGUUACUGGAGUUAAAACUUGGGUGCAGACAAUACUUGUAGACUAUCAAUCACAAUGGGAGAAAUUCAGCAAGCAGAUUGCUAUUCAGAAGAAUAAGUUGUCUGAAAGUCAGGAAAAAGCUAUGAAUCUGAAGAAGGACUUGGCAGAGAUGCAGGAAUGGAUGACUCAGGCUGAAGAAGAAUAUUUAGAAAAGGAUUUUGAAUACAAAUCACCAGAAGAAUUAGAGAGUGCUGUUGAAGAAAUGAAGAGGGCAAAAGAGGAUGUGCUGCAGAAGGAGGUGCGAGUGAAGAUUUUGAAAGACAGCAUCAAGUUGUUAGCUGCAAAAGUGCCAUCUGGUGGUGAAGAAUUAACAUCUGAGUUGAAUGUUGUGUUGGAAAACUACCAACUUCUUUGUAAUCGAAUUCGAGGGAAAUGCCAUACACUAGAGGAGGUAUGGUCAUGCUGGAUUGAACUACUUCAUUAUUUAGAGCUUGAGACAACCUGGCUAAAUACUUUGGAAGAGAGAGUACAAAGCACUGAAUCCCUGCCUGAGAAAGCAGAUGCUCUCAAUGAAGCCCUUGAGUCUUUGGAAUCAGUUUUACGCCACCCAGCAGAUAAUCGCACUCAGAUCCGUGAACUUGGUCAAACUCUAAUUGAUGGUGGAAUUCUUGAUGACAUAAUCAGUGAAAAGUUAGAGACUUUCAAUAGUCGAUAUGAAGAAUUGAGUCACUUGGCAGAGUCCAGACAGAUUUCCUUGGAAAAGCAACUUCAGACCAUGAGGGAAACUGACCACUUGCUGCAAGUCCUACAGGAAAGCCUAACAGAGCUGGAUAAACAGCUAACAACAUACUUGACAGAUAGGAUAGAUGCUUUCCAGGUUCCGCAGGAGGCUCAGAAAAUCCAUGCAGAAAUCUCAGCUCAUGAGUUAACAUUGGAAGAACUGAGAAGAAAUAUACGUUCUCAGCCACCUACCUCUCCAGAAGGCAGGACUCCACGAGGAGGUAGUCAGAUGGAUGUGCUGCAGCGGAAACUUCGUGAAGUAUCGACCAAGUACCAACUCUUUCAGAAGCCUGCUAAUUUUGAGCAGCGCAUGCUUGAUUGCAAGCGGGUUUUAGAUGGUGUAAAGGCUGAUCUUCAUGUUUUGGAUGUAAAGGAUGUAGAUCCAGAUGUAAUUCAGAGUCAUCUGGACAAAUGCAUGAAACUGUAUAAAACUUUGAGUGAAGUAAAGCUGGAAGUAGAGACUGUAAUCAAAACUGGAAGGCAGAUUGUACAAAAGCAACAAACAGACAACCCAAAAGGGAUGGAUGAACAACUAACUUCUUUGAAGUUCCUCUAUAAUGACUUGGGUGCACAGGUGACUGAGGGAAAGCAGGAUCUGGAAAGAGCUUCUCAGCUGGCUCGCAAAAUGAAGAAGGAGGUAGCUUUGCUUUCUGAAUGGCUCGCUGUUACUGAAGCUGAGCUAGUGCAGAAGUCAACUUCAGAAGGUUUGCUUUCUGACCUGGAUACAGAGAUUGCCUGGGCUAAAAAUGUGCUGAAGCAACUGGAAAAGAGAAAAUUUGAUUUAAAUAAUAUCACUGAAAUUAGAGUAGCCCUUCAGGGUUUGGUAGAAGGCAGUGAGGCAACUUUGGAGGAAAAGAUCUGUGUAUUGAAUGCUGGUUGGAGUAGAGUUCGCACAUGGACUGAAGAUUGGUGUAACACAUUAUUGAACCAUCAAAGCCAGCUGGAGAUAUUUGAUGGAAAUGUUGCUCAUAUAAGUACUUGGCUUUACCAAGCUGAAGCUCUCUUGGAUGACAUUGAAAAGAAGCCAGUGAAUAAAAGUGAAGAAAUUGUGAAACGAUUAACAUCUGAACUGGAUGAUGUCAAUCUACAAGUUGAAAAUGUUCGUGACCAAGCCAUUACGCUGAUGAGUGCCCGUGGCUUAGCAAGUAGUGAGCUGGUGGAGCCAAAGUUAGCUGAAUUAAAUAGAAACUUUGAAAAAGUGUCUCAACACAUCAGAAGUGCUAAAAUGUUAAUCAACCAAGAACUUUUCUCAAAGAAAAUUUUUGUCAAAUCACAGCCUUUUGAGACUGGUGUUCCUUCAGCAGACCUAGACAAACUAGAACAUGAUUUACAAAAUAUGUUGAAGGUUGUGGAAAAGCAUAGUGAUGAAGAUGAAAAGUUGGAUGAGGAGAAAGCACAAAUUGAGGAAGUUCUUCAGAGAGGAGAACAGAUGUUACAGUACCCUAUGGAGGAUAACAGAAGAGAAGAGAUACGUUUACAGUUGCUACUUCUGAGGACAAGACAUAACAAUGUCAAGGCAACUCCCAUUCAGCAGACGGUAACAGAUCAAUAUUCAUCUGGAAUUAGAUCAACACCUCUCCCUGUUGAUUAUCUUGUUGAAAUUAACAAAGUUUUGCUCUCCAUGGCUGAUGUUGAACUAUUACUCAAUUCUCCAGAACUCAACACUGGCAUCUAUGAAGAUUUUUCUUUGCAGGAAGAUUCACUGAAGGUCAUCUUAAUAGCUGUUUCUGAUUUUCUGAAACUCCAUUUAGCCAGUUAUAAUUGUUGUUUUGAUAGGGCUGUGGAAGAAUGGAGGCACUUCCAUUGUGACCUGAAUGAUCUCACCCAGUGGGUAGCAGAAGCUGAGCAGUUACUGGCUGAUUCACAAACUGCGGAUGGCGGCCUGGAUAUAGAGAAGGCCCGGAUACAUCAGCAGGAACUUGAAGAGGGAGUUAGCAGCCAUCGGCCUAGUUUUUCAUCACUAAACCAAACUGGAGAAGGUAUUAUCCAGAAACUCUCUACUGCAGAUGGAAGCUUCUUGCAAGACAAGCUGGCAGGACUCAAUAAACGUUGGAACUCAAUUAUGACAGAAGUGAUGGAUAGACAGCAAAGGAUCAAAGGGGAAAAUGAACAGCUAUUGGAAUUCAGAAAAAGGCUGACUGAAAUGAGUUACUGGUUAUCAAAGGCUGAAAGUGCCUUAGAAAAGACACCUUCAUGUGAGAAUGAAGAUAGCAUCCAACAACUAAAGGACUUAACCCAGCAGAUAGAAUUACAAGAGGAAAAUCUCAAGUGGUUGAACAGAAGUGAACCUGAGAUUCUUUUAGUUAACAGCUUGAAUCUUCAAGAAAGAGAUCACAUUUCUGAAAAUUUAAGAACUCUUAAUAUGAAGUGGAAUAAGAUAUACAGAGAAGUCCCUAGCACCCUGAGGGAAACAGAAUUAGAUGUUUCGGCACCAUGUCCUGUGAUGCACCCCAAGCUCUCUGCUUAUCCUGCUGUCCAAAAGGUGGUGCUAGUAUCAUCCACCUCAGAAGUUCCUGUCCAGACACAGCCAUCUUUGGAACUUUCAGUACCUGCUGAUCUGGAUAAAACUACCACUGAACUAGCCGACUGGCUGGUAUUGAUUGACCAAAUGCUCAAGUCCAACAUUGUUACCGUUGGGAAUGCAGAAGAAAUCAAACAGACAAUCGAACGUAUGAAAAUUACAAAGGCUGAUUUAGAGCAACGCCACCCUCAACUGGAUUAUGUUUUUACUUUGGCUCAGAAUUUGAAAAAUAAAACUUCCAGUUCAGACAUAAGAACUGCAAUCACAGAAAAAUUAGAGAAGGUCAAAAACCAGUGGGACAGUACUCAGCAUGGUGUGGAUGUACGACAGCAACAGCUCCAAGACAUGCUUGUUGACAGUGAACAGUGGAAUGAUCUGAGGGAAGAAACCGAAGAGCUUAUUAGACAGCAUGAAGCCAAAGUACACACUGUCCUAAAGGCCCCAAAGGAACCACUGAUCAGACAGCUUUCUGAGAACAAAAUGCUAAUUCAAGAGUUGAAUAAAGGUGAAGUUACAAUGGCAGCCUUCAGUAAUUUGUUGAAGAAGCUGCUUCGAGACUAUAGUGGGGAUGAUACAAGGAAGGUGAAAGAAACCUACGACCAUUUGAAUGCUUCUUGGAUUAACCUAAAUCAAAGCCUUCGUGACCGACAGAAUGCCUUGGAGGCUGAGCUGAGGACUGUGCAGGCUUCCCUCAAGGAUCUAGAGAGCUUCCUCAAGUGGAUGCCAGAGGCAGAAACCACAGUGAAUGUGCUCGCAGAUGCAGCUCAGCGGGAGAAUGCUCUCCAGGACACUGGUUUGGUCAAGGAGCUCAGAAAGCAGAUUCAGGACAUACAGGCUGAAAUUGAUGCCCACAAUGACAUCUUUAAGAGUAUUGAUGGAAACAGACAGAAAAUGGUGAAAGCUUUGGGAAACUCAGAUGAAGCAGCCCUCCUCCAACAUCGACUAGAUGAUAUGAACCAAAGGUGGAAUGAUUUGAAAGCAAAGUCUGCUAGCAUCAGGGCUCAUUUGGAAGCCAGUGCUGAGAAGUGGAAUAGGUUGCUGACAUCUUUAGAAGACCUGAUCAAAUGGCUGAAUAUGAAAGAUGAUGAGCUAAAAAAACAAAUGCCCAUUGGAGGGGAUGUACCUGCCUUACAGCUCCAGUAUGACCAUUGUAAAGCACUGAGACGUGAAUUGAAAGAAAAAGAACAUUCUAUAUUGAAUGCUGUAGACCAAGCUCGAGUCUUUCUUGCUGACCAGCCAAUUGAGGCUCCUGAUGAACCAAGACGUAACCUGCAGUCUAAAAUAGAAUUGACUCCUGAAGAAAAAGCCCAAAAGAUUGCAAAAGCCAUGCGCAAACAGUCUUCAGAAGUGAAAGAGAAGUGGGAGAACCUCAAUGCUGUUACUAGUAGUUGGCAAAAGCAAGUCGAUAAGGCACUGGAGAAACUAAGAGACCUUCAAGGAGCCAUGGAUGACCUGGAUGCUGACCUGAAAGAAGCUGAGACUGUACGGAAUGGAUGGAAACCAGUGGGAGAUUUACUUAUUGACUCAUUGCAGGAUCACAUUGAAAAAACUACAGCAUUUAGGGAAGAGAUUGCACCAAUCAACCUAAAAGUUAAAACAGUGAAUGAUUUAUCCAGCCAGCUGUCCCCUCUUGACUUGCAUCCAUCUUUAAAGAUGUCUCGGCAGCUAGAUGAUCUUAAUAUGCGAUGGAAACUUUUACAGGUUUCUGUAGAAGACCGCCUUAAGCAGCUUCAAGAAGCCCAUCGAGAUUUUGGACCAUCUUCUCAGCAUUUUCUCUCCACUUCCGUCCAGCUUCCGUGGCAGAGGUCUGUUUCACAUAACAAAGUACCAUACUACAUCAAUCACCAAACACAGACAACAUGUUGGGAUCAUCCUAAAAUGACAGAACUCUUUCAGUCCCUUGGUGACUUGAACAACGUGCGCUUUUCUGCUUACCGUACAGCCAUUAAAAUCCGAAGAUUACAGAAAGCCCUAUGUUUGGAUCUCUUAGAACUGAACACAACAAAUGAGAUCUUCAAACAGCACAAACUGAACCAAAAUGAUCAACUCCUCAAUGUCCCUGAUGUUAUUAAUUGUCUAACCACGACUUACGAUGGAUUGGAGCAGUCACAUAAGGACCUGGUCAAUGUUCCACUCUGUGUAGAUAUGUGUCUCAACUGGUUGCUCAAUGUAUAUGACACGGGCCGGACUGGAAAAAUCCGAGUACAAUCCCUAAAGAUUGGAUUAAUGUCUCUUUCCAAAGGUCUCCUGGAAGAAAAGUACAGAUGUCUCUUUAAGGAGGUGGCAGGACCAACAGAGAUGUGUGACCAAAGGCAGCUUGGCCUUUUACUUCAUGAUGCCAUCCAGAUCCCUCGGCAGCUGGGGGAAGUAGCAGCUUUUGGUGGUAGUAAUAUUGAACCAAGUGUUAGAAGCUGUUUCCAACAGAAUCACAAUAAGCCAGAAAUAAGUGUAAAAGAAUUUAUAGAUUGGAUGCGUUUGGAGCCACAGUCCAUGGUUUGGCUGCCUGUUUUACAUCGGGUAGCAGCUGCAGAGACGGCCAAACAUCAGGCAAAGUGCAACAUCUGUAAGGAAUGUCCCAUCGUUGGGUUCAGGUAUAGAAGUUUAAAGCAUUUCAACUAUGAUGUCUGCCAGAGUUGUUUCUUUUCGGGUCGAACGGCAAAGGGUCACAAAUUGCAUUACCCAAUGGUGGAAUACUGUAUACCUACAACAUCAGGAGAAGAUGUACGAGAUUUCACAAAGGUGUUAAAAAAUAAGUUCAGGUCAAAGAAAUACUUUGCUAAACACCCCCGGCUUGGCUACCUGCCUGUGCAGACAGUUCUUGAAGGUGACAACUUAGAAACUCCUAUCACACUCAUCAGUAUGUGGCCAGAACAAUAUGACCCAUCGCAGUCUCCACAGCUAUUUCAUGAUGAUACACAUUCCAGGAUAGAGCAGUAUGCUUCCAGACUGGCCCAGAUGGAAAGGACUAAUGGCUCCUUCCUCACAGACAGCAGUUCUACCACAGGAAGUGUAGAGGAUGAGCAUGCCCUCAUCCAGCAGUACUGUCAGACACUGGGAGGAGAGUCCCCUGUGAGUCAACCUCAAAGUCCAGCACAGAUCUUGAAAUCAGUGGAAAGAGAAGAAAGGGGAGAAUUGGAGCGUAUCAUUGCCGACUUGGAGGAAGAGCAAAGGAGCCUGCAAGUGGAAUACGAGCAAUUAAAGGAGCAACACCUUCGAAGGGCAAUGAGCCCCCUCAGUUCACCUCCAGAUUCCAUUGUACCUCCUCAUCACACUGCUGAAGACUCGGAGCUCAUAGCAGAAGCUAAGCUUCUCAGGCAGCACAAAGGGCGGCUAGAGGCCAGGAUGCAGAUUUUGGAAGAUCACAAUAAACAGCUGGAGUCUCAGCUUCACCGACUCCGACAGCUGCUUGAGCAGCCUGAAUCAGAUGCCAGAAUCAAUGGAGUUUCUCCUUGGUCUUCUCCACAACAUUCAGCACUUGGCUAUUCACUGGAUCAAGAUAGCAGCCCACAGUUGCAAACAACAGUUGCAGAUGACUUGUUGGUCCCACCUCACAAUACCAGCACAGAUCUGACAGAUGUCAUGGAACAAAUCCACAGUACCUUUCCCUCGUGCUGCUCAAACCUCCCUAGCAGGCCACAGGCAAUGUGAAGCCUUCAUCUGGCCAGCCAACAAUCCUGACAUACAGUCCUGCCCUUUUCAGCAAAUGCCAAUUCCAAUUGAAUCGGACUCUGCAUGGCACCUUGAAACCCUCACUUUCACUCUGACUGUCUUCUACUGAAGGAGUAAACUAUGGAAGAUCCAAAGAUGGGGUUGUCAUGUUUUUAUAAUAAUAAGUUUUUGUUUUCUUCUUCCCUUUCUAUGCAACUGUAAAUUAAUGAAGAGAGCUAUUUGGAAAUGGUUAUACAUUUGUCCUUGAUUUGUAUAAAUAUACAGCAUUGGGAAAGGGGGUGGGGGCUUUAUAUAUUGUACCUUCUUUUUUGAUAACCAGGAAGAGAAUUGCAUAAAAUAAUUAGAAGCAAAAUGUUACAUUUAUACAUUCCUUUCUGAUCCUCACAUUUCCUUUUGACAAUGACUUCAUUUAUCUACUGACAUUUUGGCCACACUGUUGAGAUUAUUGAUACACAUCAGCCAUUUGACCAAGUAAGUGUCUGCAGAGCCUGGAAUUGUUUCCAUGACUGGCCAUGUUAAUAGGUUCACUUAAGUCACUCAGUUAUUUAUUAAGAAAUAGGCUCUCACUGCAGCUACAUGCAAACUGUUUCGCUUCACUAACAAUUGAACACUCACCUCCAAAACCUUCACUACAUGGAACGACAUUUCUCUUGGAAUAUCUUUUUUUCUCCUCAUUUGAUUUGCCAGUCAUACAAGAAAGUGUUCAUUGUUGAAGAUUAAUGUCAAAUUCUGCUCUAAAGAAAAGAAGAUUUAAUUGUAUAAGUGCAAUCUUAAAGAACUUUUUAAUAGAUGUUUUCCCAAGGAGCAUUUUUUAAAACCCAGAAACGAAGUUUUAAACAUCCUUUUCAGCUUUCCAAGGUCUGGAUUUUCAGUCACGAAGUACAAACUAGUCUCACACCUAAUUGUGCUAUCAAAGCAAAAGAAUGUCCUGUAGUCCUUCUGAGAGUGUUUUUGUUGUUUUGCAGUUUUGUUUUGGUUUUGAAAAAAAAGAAAGAAAAGAAAAAUAAGCCCUUCUCAGUACUUGAAAGUUUCGUUUCUGAAUGCUAUGGUCAACCAUAGAGCUUGAGUCAGUGUGUAGAUCACAUGAAUCACAUGACUAUUUUAAAAGUACUUUUAAAAGUCUAAUUAAUGGAAGACCUUUGAUUUCCCAUCACUGAUUAUCACACUUAGGGAAGAGUAUUUUAUAGGAGAUCACAUAAAAAUUAAAUGAACACUUGGAGGAUGGGUUCUGCUGCACUGAGUACAUUUAGGCAUUUGGUUUGGCAUCCAGUUGAUACCUGAUUUGAUCAACUAACUAUACAAAAGCCUGCCCAAGGUUAUAGUCAUAGAUGCAUAAGAAAACCCCCAAAUAAACUGAGACUCUUCUCCCUCGAAACUAGAGUCCUUGGAUAGGAGGAUGUGUGCUUUUGAAUCAUCAGGACAUGUUAACUUUUGCUUCUCGUCACUGGGGAUGUGGCCAGAUGCAAAGUUAGCAAAAUUUGUUCUUUUGGAAGGGGCUAGGGGGGAGGGUGUUGGGUUGGGGCCUAUUUGCAGCAUAGAUAUUUUGAAAAGAAAAAUUGUUUUAUAUAAGAGGAAAGCCAUGAUCACCUUUCUACCUCAAACCCAUCUUCAUUCAUAGUAUUGGAAAUAGCUUUAUGCUACUGUACUCUGCAAAGUCUAUAGCUUUUACCAGACCCUACUGUAGCCAAGAAAAAGAAAAGCAUCCCUUCUUAAUUAAGGAAAAAGAAAUAUCCCUGAACACUGAAGUUCACAGUUGUAGAUUUGGUGUCUUUCUUGUUAUUACUUUGAGAAGUUAUGUAUUAAAUUGUUUUUCUGCCUGUAUUUGUAUGCAAAGUAUGUCCUCUACUCUGCUACUGAGUAAAAGCUACUUAAAACACUACAUUGUAACAUUCUUCCUCUGAGUAAUAAUAAAUAAAAAAGGAAUAUAUUGCAGCAA